GCGGCGCUGCUGUCGCAGCGGUGAUAGAAAAGCAAAACAGUUGUCAAACACGAACUGGAUUUUGAUAUUCUUUUAAAAAACUAAAAUUUGACUUAAUUUCAAUGUUUUUGUAUAAGGAGAAUUGUGCAGACUUGUAGUAAACGGAAAGUUUUACAAAAUGAACUGCUGUGUAAUCCCGGGAUGCGGGAACAAGUUCCAGCUGUACCGGGUGCCCAACUCCGGAAAUAAUCGCUUCCGGCAAUGGAAGAAGGUCGCGCCUGUUUUUGGAACUGGAUCCGAGCGGAUUUGCUCUCACCAUUUCAUCGAAACGGACUUCGUGGAAAAUAUCCGGAAGAAGCUGAAGAGCACUGCAAUCCCCUCCAUCAACUUGCCGGCGGAAAGGUUGAAAGCAUCAAACAAAAUAGGCUGCUGCGUUUUGGGAUGCCGCUCCAAAGACAUCAAGAAUAUGGAAAAGUUUCCCUCCAUGACAUCGAAAGCUUGGCUGAAAUGGGCAAACAUACUGGGCUGUGCGGAGGCUAAUACAGCGGGGUGGAAAAUCUGCCAGAAGCACUUCAAGGACGAUGCAUUUACAACAGUUACAUCACGAUACUUGAAGAACAGUGCUGUUCCCACUAAGAAACUGAAAAGGCCCGUGAAGAUAGUGGAAAUUCAUCGCAGACAGAUCAAACAGAUUCCCACUGAACAGUGUCUGCUGGACCAUGACUAUGUGAAAGAAGAUGUACGGCCAAAAAGCAACAGAAUGUGUUCUGUUUACGGCUGCACUACAAAAACGAGCAAAGGCGUAUUUCUUCAUAAAUUUCCGAAAGAGAGGAUCAAGAUGACCGCUUGGGUGCAUGCCAUAAAAUCAGGAAAAAACCGACAAAAAAUUCUUUUGUCUGCAGUCAACAUUUUCACGAUAGUGACUAUAACACUGGUAAUUAUCGUUUCCCAUUAUAAGGAAGACAACAAUAUUUCCUUCUGUGUAUCCCAUCUGCAGUUCAAUUAUUGUAUUGUAAUCUCAAUUAACUUGGACAAGUUAGAAAAAUAUUGACCACAAACACCUUUACCACAGACCAACAGUUGAGCAGUUCGAAUAACUGCUAAAAAUAGAUGUUAAAAAGAACGUACUUAAUAAUUUAGUGCUGGAAAAUAGGCCAUUCCAUGACAUAUUGGCGUGAUGAAAUACAGCCUUAUACAAAAAAUAGUUAUCAUCAAAAAUGGAAUCAAAAAUUAUUUGUAACGAUCGUUCACGUGAUUGGCAAUACACUUAACUUGUGAAUAAAGUUAUGCGAUACCAGAAAACAAUACUUCGUAA